UGGCCCCGCCCCCCCGUGCCUGGCGUGGGGCUCCCUGUGGCUGGGUGGCUGAGCCGAGCCGAGCCGCGGCGGCCGCUGCUGAGACAAGAUGGCGGCCCCGGGCGAGUACUUCAGUGUGGGGAGCCAGGUGUCGUGCCGGACCUGCCAGGAGCAGCGGCUGCAGGGCGAGGUGGUGGCCUUCGACUACCCCAGCAAGAUGCUGGCGCUCAAAUGUCCCUCUUCCAGUGGAAAGCCCAACCAUGCAGAUAUCCUGCUCGUAAACUUACAGUAUGUUUCAGAAGUGGAAAUAAUUAAUGACCGCACGGAAACCCCUCCUCCUUUAGCAUCACUCAAUGUUAGCAAGCUUGCCAACAAAGCGCGGACAGAGAAGGAAGAGAAGAUGAGCCAGGCGUAUGCAAUUAGUGCUGGUGUCUCUCUGGAGGGACAGCAGCUUUUCCAGACUAUACAUAAGACCAUUAAAGACUGUAAAUGGCAAGAGAAGAACAUAGUGGUGAUGGAAGACGUCGUUAUCGCUCCUCCGUACCAAGUGGAAAACUGUAAAGGCAAGGAGGGAAGUGCCCUGAGUCACGUACGCAAAAUAGUUGAGAAACAUUUUAGAGAUGUGGAAAGCCAAAAGGUAAUGCAAGGUUCACAAGCACAGCAAACACAGAAGGAAGCCACCCUGUCAUCCUGAGUCCUGCCCCCUUCCGAUCACCGGGGGCACUCUUCCAAGAUCCAGCAGAAGCCGACAGGAUUUCUUCAAAGGAGGCCGGGGCUGGGGGAGGGCCAGGGUUCUAUUUUAUUUCCGGGGGGCUCUUUAACGGGGAGCUCCCCACUUCCAAACUUUAGACUUUAAAACAAAAAAAGAGAAUAAUUUAAAAGAUCAUCCAUUACUUGACUGACAACCUUUCUUUUUGUCCGCCAUGUUUUCUCCUAGGACAGUCAGACUUUGUUAGUUUUAUUUUUGACUUCCUUUCCUCUUCCGCCACCCCACACAACACCCCCCCUUUUAUUUUUGUAAAGGGGGUCCACCAUUCUCCCCUCCCUUCUUUGACGUAGGAGAAUCUGCCCUUCCCCCCAAUACCCUGCUAAAAAUAAAAAUAACAAUCUGACUGUGUUAACUGAAUCGGGGCCUUUCUGCCACCGGCAUGGUCCCGUUUUAAUUUUGUUUGCACAGGGCAAGGCUUGAAUUAGAAUUAUUUUUCUUAUCUUUAAAUAUAUAUAUGAAUAUAUAUAUUAAAAUGUUCUUUAAAUAUUUUCUGCUUCUAGCAGUUCUCUUCACCGGGAUCAUGGCAAAAAAAAGAAAAGGCAAACAACCCUCCCCACCCCUAAUCAGCCCUGGCAGAGUUGGUGGCUUUGCGUGUGACACUCUGGAGAGUUCACACACACGAAGACUGGGGAUUUGGGAGGGCAGGAGGUGGUGGUGCUCCCUAAAUCGUAAACCUCUUCUGACAGCUUUCUUACUGUCCUGUGCUGAAGGCGAGUUGGCCCGGUCUGGGAAGACACAGGCGCUAGGAAUAACACAGGAUGGUGCUGCUAAUUUACUCCUCCCUGCCUCCCACGGUACGGUACAGCAAAGCCGUCUCUUGUCCUCAGUGGGCUGGCAGAUCCGGAGACACGGUGGCUUUCUCUUGCACCGCGUUGGCUCACGCCACCGACUAUCGUGCGUGUUAGCUCGUGUGUAGGCUUCUGUCUUUUUCAAGGUCAAAAUUAUCCAAAUGAACUUGGAUAGCAGGCCGUUUGUGCUUGAUCCCCUUUCCGCUCCAGGCGUGCGUGCGUCUGGGAUCCUUACAAGCUGGGACACGGUUUGUAUAUGUCCGAGUGCCCAUGCAGAGAGCUGCACUGUGCUCCAUUUGCUAAGAGAGCACGAGGGCUUUUGUCACUCUGUCAAACCCAACCCUAAAAGUCUUUAGUCACCGGGCUGCCUUCCCCUGUCCUGUACCGUACCCAGCUGGCAUUCAUGCGUCGAGCCAUUUGGCAUCGCAUGCUGCAUGGGUGACUGUAGCCAUCGGCUCGGCGGCAAGCCAGAUUAUGGAGCCGGUGAAACUGGCUUCCUCCCAAGCUAGGCAGGGGUACGGCUAAGCUACGGAAGUCUCGCGAUUAUUUUUUAUUUUUUGCCAUGAUCUUCCCCUUCCCUUUUUUUUAAAUAAAUGGAUCAAAAUUAAAUAAUUCAAGCCCUGCCUUUAAAAGAAAAAAAAAUGGAAAUUUUUUUAGUAUUGUUUAGCAAAACAAUAAAACCCAAAAUUUUUUUAACCAUCAAAA